AUGGAGGAGCCACUGAAUUAUGGUCACCAACAUACCUUGCUUCUUUUGAAUGAAGAUCAGCUGAUUGAAGAUGACUGCUCAAGGUGUGACGAGAAGGUGUCAACUCCAUGUUUUAGCUGUGCCGAGGAUUGUGGGUUUUACCUUCACAAGGUAUGUGCUGAGGCACCUUUGGAGCUUAAUCACCCUUUCCAUCCUGAUCAUCCUCUUCUUCUUAUGCAUCAUAGUCUUCUCAUUAAGAAUCCAGGUUAUUCAUCAGGGUACAUAUGCGAUUUUUGCGAUAAAGGCGGUAAUGAGUUUGUUUAUCACUGCUCUUGCGGAUUGGACUUUCAUAUUAAAUGUGCUUUGUUUACAUUUAAUAUUGCUGAGAAUAAUUUGAAAGCGCUUGAUCAUGUUGCUCUCCAUGAUUCUUUGAUUUCUACUGAAAAUGAUGAUGACAAACUUGAAGAUGUUGCUAAGUGCUUUGGAUGUUGGGAACCAUUAGCAAAGUAUACACACUUUUCUCCUGACUGUGGAUUUAAUUUACACGAGAAAUGCGCUAAGCUUCCUUUCAAACUAAAUCGUGUGUGGCAUCGUAAGCAUCCUCUUGUUCUACAAUUUAAUUGGGAACGGCUCUCUUGCAAGAUAUGCCAAGUAACAAGGGGAAGAGGAUUUGUUUAUGGUUGCUGUCCUUGUAAGUUUGUUGUUCACAUUGAAUGUGUGUCACCAUCUUUUGAUUUUUUUGUUAAAGAAAAAGGCCAUGAACAUCCAUUCAAUUUGUUUCGAAGACCAUCAUCAUUCAUUUGUGAUGCAUGUGGUACCGAAGGAAUCUAUGCUGCCUACAUAUGUUGUACAUGCAACAUUAUGGUCCAUAAAAAGUGCACUUUAUUGCCACGCAUCAUCAAAAGCAAGUGGCAUGAUUAUCGCCUUUUUCACAAAUAUCUCCUUCCGGAUGAAUUUAAAAGGUCAGACUGCAUCAUUUGUCAUGAUGAAGUAGAUCCAGAGUAUGGUAGUUAUUGUUGUUCACAUUGCAAUAUUACAUUCCAUGUGCAUUGUGUGACAGAGGACAAAAAUUCAUAUUCAAUAAUUACACUAGAAAAUGAAGAUGAGAUGCCCAAUGAAAGUUCCAUCAGUGUUAUUGAGUGGAACGAUGCUGGUGAAGCUAAAAAAGUAAAGCAUUUCAAGCAUAUGCAUAAUCUAAUGUUAGGUCCCUUUGUUGGAGGAUAUGAAAAUAAUUGCGAUGGGUGUAUGUUGGCACUCUCGGAUCCAUUUUAUUAUUGUUCAGAAUGUGGUUUUUUUCUUCAUAAAGCAUGUGCCGAGUUGCUUAAGAUGAAGAAUGUUUGGCAUCAUCUUUGCCAAGAGCCUCUCACCCUUAUUUCAGACAAGGUUUUUAAGUGUGAAGAAUGUAGUGAAGUUUCUAAUGCCUUUGCUUAUGAAUGUUGUGGAUGUGAGAAUAAAAUAUGUCUCCGAUGUGUGGUUGCUCUUACUCCUGGUGCUCAAACAUGUUUGAAACAUGAACACCCCCUCUUUUACUACAGAGACCACGACGGGAAAUGCAAUGCUUGUGGUGUUGCUACACAGGGAUAUGGGGCAUUUUGUUGUAAGGAUUGCAAUUUUGUGCUACAUGCUGGAUGUUUUUCACUUCCAAUUACAGCUCGUCACAAAUGCGAUGAGCAUCUUCUUUUACUCACUGAUCAUGAUGAUAAUAGUUAUUCAAAAAGUCAUCAUUGUGAUAUCUGUGAAAAAAGUCGAGAUCCAAAUCGUCGGUUUUAUUAUUGUGCAACAUGCGAUACUUCGGCUCAUGCUAGUUGUGUUCUUGGAAAUUAUCCAUUCCUCAAACUCGGGAGCAUAAUCUAUGAAGAAACAUGUCAUCCACAUCCACUCACCAUUGUGAAAAAGAAGUAUUACUACCCUGAUUGUGAUGAAUGCAGUAACCCUUGUGAAGAUGUGGCUCUUGAAUGCUCUAAGUCGGAGUGUAAAUAUAUUGUCCAUUGGGAUUGUGUAGCACCUGAUUCUUUAUGGAAAACUCAAGAGUGGAACACAGGGUUUGAUCUUUACCUUGUUACUUGUGAUGGUAUGGCCGGUAGAGCAGGUGGUGGCAGAGGCAUGGGCGAUAGGACAUAG